AUCGAACUGCCACUUCACAAUUAAAACACACAAAAUCCCAUCCAUAAAUCUCAAUCUUUAUAUAAUGAAGGCGUUAUUACUGAUCUUGCUGCUUUCACUCGUCUUCUUCCCACACCACCAGAUAGCCGGCGCGUCGUCGCUACCGUCUCCCGUCCGCGACACCAAGGGCGAAGUGCUGAAAGUGGGGUCAAACUAUUUCGUGCUCCCGGUGAUCCGCGGCCACGGCGGCGGACUAUACCCGGCCAACAUCAAAUCAAACGCGACCAUUUGCCCGCUGGACGUCAUCCAGGAAGCCGAUGAAGUCCAGAAAGGCAUACCCGUGGUACUCACGCCGGUGAACAACGCCACCUCCGGCGGCGUGGUCCGCUUAUCAACUGACCUCAACGUCAGGUUCUACACCCCGACCAUCUGCGCCAGGAAGACGGUGUGGAAAGUCGACGCCUACGACGAGUCGGUGAACAAAUAUUUCGUGAAGACCGGAGGGGUGGAAGGAAAUCCCGGCCCUCAAACGUUAAGCAGUUGGUUUAAGAUCCAGAAGUAUAAGAGCGUUUACAAGUUUGUGUUUUGUCCGACCGUGUGCAACUAUUGCAAGGUUAUCUGCAAAGAUGUCGGAAUCUUUGAGCAGGAUGGGGUGAGGUUUUUGGCUUUGACUGAUGAUGUUCCAUUCAAGGUUGUAUUUGAAAAAACCUUCUGAUCGAGCGAGCUGAGGUUUCUCUCUGCUUUCUAAUUUUUCAAUCACAAAACAAGUUAUAUAUAUGAUUAAUGUUUCUACAACAAAACGAUGAAUAUAUUAUGUCAUUAAAACAAAUUACAUGACAA